CUGAUCUCACCUGUGCCCAGGUAAGCUGCAGGCCCUGGACGUGCUGCUGCGCCGCCUCCGCGCCGGGGGGCAGCGCGUGCUCAUCUUCACGCAGAUGACGCGGAUGCUCGACGUGCUCGAGCGCUUCCUCACCUUCCACGGGCACAUCUACCUGCGCCUGGACGGCUCCACCCGCGUGGAGCAGAGACAGGCCCUCAUGGAGCGCUUCAAUGCCGACAAGCGCAUCUUCUGCUUCAUCCUCUCGACGCGCUCGGGCGGCGUCGGCGUCAACCUGGCCGGGGCCGACACCGUGGUGUUCUACGACUCGGACUGGAACCCCACCAUGGACGCGCAGGCGCAGGACAGGUGCUUACUGAAGAUCGGCCAGACCGGACGCCCACAUCUACAG